ACUAUCAAAAAAAAUUUAUUUAUAAAAAUUUUACAUUAUGUCAGACCAAAAUUUUACAAAGUUAAGGCUACCAAGUUAUGGUACUAUGAAUUCAAAAGGAGAAAUUGUAAUUCCUAGUGGAAGAAAUAGUCAACAACAUUUAUCAACAACUUCACAAGAUUUACCUUUCGAAGAAAGAGCAGCACAACAUGAAGGUUACAUUUCAUUACCAGGUUUUUCAGAUGAAGAUGAUGAUGAAGAAGAAAGAGAUUAUAAUACGUUAUUAAAUGAAUACUUAAUUUCCACUCCAUUUAUUCUUUUAGCACUAUUUUCAUUUAUUAUAUUAUUACACACUUUUUCGGAGGUUGCUGUACUAUAUAAAUGGGACAUUUUCUUAUUAGGAGUAACAGGAUGGUGUGCUGUAUUUCUCAUACGAAAACCACUAUUUUUCAUUUUUUCAAAAUUAAUAAGUUUAAAAGUAUCAAUAAGCUCAGUUUUAACGUUACUUUUUAUUGGUUUUAUUGAAGAAGUUGUUAGAAUGGGUUGGCUAUAUCGUUUUGAAGAUGAAAGUGAACCAUUUCUGAUAGCAUACUGGUUAGGUUUGGGAUGGGCAUCUGCUGAAGCUGUAUAUUUUAUUAUACAAAAUUUUAUAGAAUUAAGAUGGUAUAAAGAUGAUUUAGUAGAUGGAGGUAGAUACUCUGAAGAAAGAGAAGAAUUAGAAGAAAUUUUGGGAAGACCUUUAACAAAAGUUUCUGCUUGGUGGGGUGUAAUGUGGAGAUUUUCUUGGGUAAUGAUUCAUAUUGGUUUUAGUUGUUGGAUUGCUUUCUCUUAUACGCUUAUUUUUCCUGCUGCUUUUAUUCACGGCUUACUUCUUGUUAUUUGGGGGUAUUGUUUACCCGUAUUUGGAAUUCCUGCCACAAGUUAUGGCACUCUGCUCGUUACCAUAAGCGUUUUCUUAAUUGGUUUAGCAUUAUUUAAGCAAAUCGUAUAGCCAAGGCUAAGGGAAAAUCUAUGGGGGGAUAAAAGUUAAGGGAA